CGGCAAGAACCGUGCAAUGGCGUCCUGCGCCGAGACGUCUCCGUCGACAGCCCCUGCUAAGGAGGCUAGCGGCCCAAGGGCCUCCUGGCAACAGCGGGUCUUCGGCAAGCAGCUCCUCCAGUGCAAUCGCGUCAACCAGGACUCCAAGACCAAGGACAUCAACGAGGUCCUGAGGACCGAGGACGGCAAGUCCGCGUGCGAGGUGAUCGGUGUUUACUUCAGCUUCGUCAACCCCGGCGCUUCGUGCGACGACUUCACGCGCCAACUCACGGAGCUCUACGAAAACGUAAACGGCACCCUCGAGAGGAAACAGGAAGAGGGCGAGGGCAACAACAAGCCCAGGAGCAGGAGGCUCGAGGUCGUUCACGUGGUCCUGUGGAGCAACGUGGCCGAUGUCCUCGACUUCGAGGAAAGCUUCAAGAACCACGUGGCCGAUUUGCCGUGGUUCGCAGUGCCAAACCACGACUACGACAGAAAGACCAGACUGACGAGGAGGUACCGAAUAAAGGCUGGGGUGCCAACCCUGAUUCUACUGGAGGGUAACACCGGCUCCGUGGUAACCAGGGGGGGUGUGGAACGAGCCCUGGCGGACCCCACGGGGGCGAACUUCCCUUGGAGGCCGCCGCAUCCUAAAGCCACCCUUGAGGAUGGUCCACUUCUACCCUGUGGAGCUCGAGGCAGCAACGAACCCAUGCUGCACGAGGAGCUACGACACUGCGUCAAAGGAGUUUACUUCAGCGCACACUGGUGUCCUCCCUGUAAAAUGUUCACGCCACAGCUCAUAGACACGUACCAACGAAUUCGAGAGAGAGGACACAAUUUCGAAGUGAUCUUCGUCAGUUCCGACCGGAGCGAGGAGUCGUACAAUAUUUACACGGAAAGCAUGCCUUGGUUAAGGAUACCUUUCGCACAAGAAGAAAGGCGGCAGAGAUUGGCUCGAGCUCUCGACGUGCAAGCUAUACCGACACUGGUCAUUCUCGAUCCUAAGGAUAACAUUAUCACUCUCGAAGGUCGAGCGGAGCUUCUGGAGGAUCCCGAGGGAUUGAAUUUUCCGUGGACGAAUCAACUGGUGAAUAUUCUGACAGAGAAGUACGCUACAUCGCUUCACGAUGCUCCGGCCAUUAUUCUCUUCGUGGAGGGCGACGAUUGCGAGAUCUACUUUGGCGAAGGUGUUCUUUUGCCAGCUGCUGAAGUCUACAGGCGAGACCAACCCGACUACGACCCAAAUUACGACGAUCCGGAUGGGAUGCUCCAGUUUUAUAUUGCAUUAGACGGUGAAACAUCAGAUAUAUUGCGCGAGUUCGUAGGAUUAGAUGAUGCGGUGCCACUUCUAACAGCAAUCGAUAUCCCACGAGGAGUCUAUGCCGUCAUGGAAGAUGGGGCUGAGAUCACCGUAGACUCCGUUCAACAGUUCGUCGACGGCUUCCGAAAUAAUAAACUUCCAAUGAACAAGAUCACAACAGUGCACAAAUCUACCACGUAACCUAAUACAAGAAUUGUUGAUUCGUCCGAAUCUGCAAACCAGCGAUCCAAUCUGCCCAACGAUCGUGUGAUUUACAAUUUCAGGACCGAAGGAAGUUUGAACUCGGGGAGAGCUUCGUCAGCAAAACCGUGCUUAGAUCAUGUAAAAAGUAUCUCAUAGCCAUGUAAAAGUAAUCCAAAGACAUACACGAUAGAUCAUGAAUGAUAUAGUGAGGAUAAAUUGUAUAUUUAAAGAUGAAUAUUUAACAUGUGAUGUGUAGGUAUUUAAGGACAUCCUCAAGAUUUGGUUAUUACCAGACGAAUAAAACUGUUGGAGGUUCAUUCGUAA